CAGGAAAAGCAAUUUAUUUUACGUAGUCAGCGAGCAGGAUACUUUCGUCAACACAUGGGGCAGAUCGAAAAUGCAGGGUUAUUUGAUUCAUUUGAAUGAAUUGUGAGGUUUUCUGAACGAGAGCGCAUAUUUAAACGAUGUACUGUUCGUCAGUGUUACGAAAAUCGUGUCUGCACAACUCAGCCAGGACUUUUAAAACGAUACCACAAAACCUGAAAGGGAAAAGUGCUUCAGAUCAGCGCUGGAUUGCAAGACAGCUCAACGACCCCUUUGUGAAAGCCGCUCACGGGCAAAACUAUCGAUGCAGGAGUGCCUUUAAACUUCUGGAAAUCGACGAUAAGUACAAAAUUCUGAAGCCUGGGUACAGUGUCAUCGAUUGCGGAGCUGCUCCAGGUGCAUGGAGUCAGGUUGCAGUUCAGAGAGUGAAUUCUGCUGGGACAAAUGCAGAAGUUCCUAUUGGCUUUGUGGUUGGGGUGGACCUUCUCCGCAUCCCACCACUAGAUGGAGCCCACUUCCUGUCCUUCAAUGAUGUCACUGACCCGGCCACCCAAACACAGCUGCAAGAGCUUCUCCCCAAAGCCCAGGCGGAUGUUAUUCUGAGCGACAUGGCCCCCAACGCCAGCGGCUUCAGAGAACUGGACCACGAAAGACUGGUGGCCAUGUGUCUGUCAACGGUAGAUUUGGCCGGGAGGGUCCUGGGACCGGGCGGUUCCCUGGUCUGUAAAUAUUGGGACGGGGGUCUGGCCCACCAGGUCCGAAGCAGACUGGCGCAUGCCUUCCGUGAGGUUAGAAUCGUCAAGCCCAAAGCGAGCCGAAAGGAGUCCGCUGAAUUGUAUUUCCUCGCAAGGUUUUUCAAAAAGAAUCAAGCUGUUUAAAAAAAAAAUAAAAACUAUUUUAUAUAAUUAUCAUGUGCCUGAACCCACAAGCCAAAUAUUUAUUGCUAUAUUGCUAAUAAAUACCAUUAUGUCAGUGACAUCAUAUAUUUUAAUAUUAUUUUUUGGAAUAGAUUGUGUUUAUUGAUUUCAUUUGAAACCAUUUCAAACUGUCAUCAAUCAUGCACAUUUACUUCAAAUCGUUCCCAAACUGAAUGCAAGCCAUUGAUCCCUUAUGACACAUAGUUGGCAAAGAAUAAGGAACCAAAUAUCAGGAGCCAAACAUCGAUCUUUUGCUGUAUUUUUGUAGCAAAAGAUUGAAAUCGGAACUACUUUCUAAAAACGCUGUUUAACUGUUUUCAUCUAUGUUGCCUAUGAUGGUUGUGUGGGUGUAAUUUGGGACUUGGUUUUGAUGCACUUCCAGUAAACCAUAGAACAGUAACAGUCCUGUAAACAGAAAUGCAUUCCCACUAAUUAGCACAGGAUAACAUGGCAUCAAGCUGCAACUUACAAUAUGAAAUUACUGUUUAAAUGAAUUUCUGGAUUUGGAGCAUAUUUGUGCUCUUCAUUAUGUAAUAUUGCUCAAGCACUCAUUUGAUAUGACUUUUUGGGGCAAUCGUGAAUGGCAGCUAAAGAUUGUGUAUUCUCAGGUAAUUGUUUUACUGUGCUCUUAUGCACUAUAUAAAUCACAAUCAGUGAUGGAUGUACUAAAACCAGAGGUGACGGAUCCCUGGGGAUCUAAGAAGAGUCCUCAGAUAAAUGUUAAAACAAUAGUUUGUAAACCUUUCCUUGUUUAUUCAUCCUUGGUAAUUAAUACUUGCAUUUCACUUAACACAUAAUUUGCAUCUCACAGCAUGUAGACCCAGAUAUGCUAUCAGGAUUAGACAUGCAUGUAUAUAUCUACAGUAGUGUGUUGAAGAACCACUGCAAUCUGUCAAAUGAUAAAUAUUUAAUUGAGGAGGUGGUACAAAACCACAGUGUGAUCAUUUUAGUCUUGUGAUUAAAAAGCAAGACAGCAUUGCUACCAGCAGGAUUUCUGCCAAGCAAAUUCAGAGUAGAAACAGACUCUGCGUUAAGGCGGUUCUCCUAGGCGGCAUCCUAACAAGCCUACGCUGUUAUUCUCAUUCCAGUCAGACAAUCAGCCGGGCGAGACGAGAUCGGGGAGAUAAAUCGCAUAAGAACCCGAGAGGUGCAUCCGCAGGUUACAGAGAAGCAAGGCCUGCAGACCUUCGGCGAAGCGGAGGCAGCUGGAUAUCGGGUCUCUAAAUGAGUUCAUUUUCUACUCGCGGUUCGUCGGUGAAUCCUCUGAGACGUUAGCGGUCUCCCUCAAUUACGGCUCAAGUCUGAGGGCCGUCCGCUAGUUUAUUAAAGUAACCGCUCACCGCCGUUUGUGUCGCGUUGUCCGCGCUCUUCGGCAGAUUGGCUUUGGGCGAAAUUAACCUCUGUGCCUGCCUGUAGCAUACUGUUGCGACCGUAUGUCAUUAGAUUGAUUCCGUGGGGUCUGGAUAAAAAUAGAUUCAAUUUCAAUAUCAUGAAGGAGAGGCCAAAAAAGAAAAUGAAAUAAAAAUAAAAAGGUUAAAUGUAUGCCUGCACAAGAAGGGCUUCAGUAUUAACAGCACAUAAUGUAACAGAAUAUAAAAAGAUUUUUCAUUAAGUCCUAAAAUGGGAAGUUUUUUUUAUAUUUUAUUUUAUUACCACCAGCAACAGACAAAAAAAUGAAGACAUCAAAAUAAAUGGAAUUAUGGUGAACGGACAUGAAACUAAUUUCAGGGUGCAUGCUGUUACAUUUAAUAAUAGUAUAUUAGAAAUUAGAGCGCUGGCACUCUCCUGUGCUGUUUUUCGAGGGUAAAUUAUAAUAUUCCAUUCCAUUUCUCACACAUGCAAGUGGACUACACGGUGUGAAAGUGAAAUAUACGAGCAAAAAACAUUUAGCAAUUUGCUUUUUAAUAGUCUGUGAGGGUAACUUGUCAGUUUGAUGUCUGUCAUGCAGUAUUCACAGCCUGGUUUUAGUGACAAUGGAAAGUGCUGACAACCCCUCGCUCGUAAAGGUAAUAAAGACUACGGAUGCAAAGGACCAUGGAGUUUGACACUUUGGGAAGAUUGAGCGAUGAGGCCGAAGGAAGACCUUUUUGUGCUCAAAAUGUCUGACAUUCUAUUCCAGACAGUAAAACCCACUCUCUUGUCUGCUCUCUGUGGGAUCGUGCCACUUUGUUUUAUUGCCAGUGUCAUGUGAAAACCUUCCUGGGCCCCAUCCCGCUCAUUGCACUGUUAACUUUUCUUAUCAUAACUCAAACGAUCGUCGCUUUAAAAAAAACAGUUCAGCUAAACCGCAAUUUUAUAUAUGGAAAGAUUUUGCAUGCUAGGUUUUAUGUUACACCAACAUUAUGGCUCUGCAGAGACUGCAUUCUAAGCAAUCUGAUACAUAAUGUAUGCGGUGUAUACUAAUAUUAUUCAGAUCACCCAUUUAAUAUUUCCUUGCCAUUUAUCAGAUGCCCACAUUAUGGGGAACAUAAAAUGUGAAUGUUGCCCAUUUUGCAGUAAAAUAUUUAUGGAGUCAGUUCAAGUUAUAUGCAACCUGAAAAAAGGAAGAAUGAAACUAAAGUUUGCAACACUCAUAAGCUCACAUGUAAUACAUUGACACUGUCAACAUGUGACAUGUUGUACCAGCAGUCAUGUGAUGUGGCUGCUAGGCCUUGGGGUAUCUGAACGCCAUAUAAAUUAGACCUGGCAAAGAUUCCAAGGGAUCAAAACAUUAUCUGUUUAACAGAAUACAAAUGCACUAGUGUUCAUUAGUGUUACAAACCUUCAUUUAUAAUGGACUACUGUGCUCAGUAUGAGCUAUAAUGAGAUGUGCACAUAUUUAAAAAAUAUAUAUUUUCAAUCAUCAAAAGAGGCUCAUCCGGGAUUUGAAUUCAUAACCUUCUGGUUAUACGUCUAGUUCUCCUGACACUUAUCCAAGCUGUGUAUAUUAUUCUCCUUCUCUGAGCACUCUCUGUUCAAACAUUGCCUGCUAUAGGACUGAAAGAGGAGGAGAAGAGUGUUGUCCUGUUUGACGUUGUGCCAUAUGUGUUUCUUUAUUAUUUAUUUUUUUAGCUUUAUUUAUUUAUAAUUUCUUUUAAACACUGUCAAAUUGUGUACAAAUUGUUUUACUCUGAGUAAUUAUUACCAUUUUUCAUUUGGAUGUGUGUACUCCUGUAAUGCAAUCUACCGUUAGUCCUCGUGGAUAAGAGUGUCUGAUGGAUGUCCUAAUUAUAAUGUAAUAAAGUGCGACCGUUUUAUCAUUCACAA